CCGGGAGGAGGCGGAAGGCGGCCGCCCGUAUGGCCGGGGGGGGCGAGAAUGUGCCGGUGUGCAGCGCCGAGCACGGGGCCCGGGCGGGGCAGCACGACGGGAUGAGGAAGGACGGCGGGGGGGACCCGUACUGGUCCAGGCCCGAGUCCCGCGUCUGGAAGGUGAUGUUGCUGCUGGGGACGUGCCUGCUGUACUGCGCCCGUGUCACCGUGCCCAUCUGCGCCGUCGCCCUCAGCGCCCGCUUCGACUGGGACAAGAAGCAGUCGGGCAUAGUGCUCAGCAGCUUCUUCUGGGGCUACUGCUUGACACAGAUUAUCGGAGGACAUAUCAGUGAUCAAAUAGGAGGUGAGAAAGUCCUCCUCCUCUCCGCAUCAGCCUGGGGGUUCCUCACGGUCCUCACCCCUCUGCUCACCCACAUCACUUCUGCCCAUCUCGUUUUUAUGACCUCCUCCAGGUUCCUCAUGGGGUUGCUGCAAGGGGUGUAUUUCCCAUCCCUGGCCAGCCUGCUGUCCCAGAAGGUCCGGGAGAAUGAGCGAGCCUUCACCUACAGCACAGUGGGGACCGGCUCCCAGUGUGGGACGCUGGUGAUCGGCGGUGCGGGGUCUCUUCUCCUGGACUGGUACGGCUGGGAGAGCGUUUUCUAUUUCUCCGGUUUGCUCACUUUGCUCUGGGUUUACUGCACCUGCAAGUACCUCCUGAAUGAGAAAGAACUCAUCAUCCCCAUAGACUAUUUAAUGAGAAGCCUCUCGAUAUCCAAGCAGACCAAAGUUCCCUGGAAGCAGCUGUUUAAGAAGGCGCCGAUAUGGGCUGUCAUCAUCGCUCAGCUUUCUACGGCCAGCACGUUUUUCACUCUCCUCUCCUGGCUGCCGACGUUCUUUAAGGAGACUUUCCCCGAGUCAAAGGGUUGGGUGUUUAAUGUAGUCCCCUGGCUGGUUGCAAUUCCUACAAGCUUGUUCAGUGGAUUUCUGUCUGAUCAUUUAAUCAACCAGGGGUACAAAACCAUCACCAUUCGUAAGUUCAUGCAGGUCAUUGGCUCCGGCGUCUCAAGCGUUUUUGCUCUGUGCCUGGGCCAGACCUCCAGUUUUUGCAAAGCGAUAGUGUUUGCCUCUGCCUCUGUCGGACUUCAGACCUUUAACCACAGUGGCAUUUCAGUAAACGUACAGGAUCUGGCCCCCUCGUGUGCCGGCUUGCUGUUCGGUGUUGGGAAUACAGGUGGAGCCCUCCUAGGUGUCAUCUGCGUGUACUUGGCUGGCUACUUGAUUGAAACGACUGGCUCCUGGAUUUCUGUUUUCAAUCUGGUGGCUGCCGUUAACAGCAUUGGCCUCUGUGCAUUCCUCGUGUUUGGAGAGGCCCAGAGGGUGGACACAGACUCUGCAUACGUGGACCUCUAGAGAGGAGUCCAGCAAGCAGCCAAAGGACAGGAGAGUGUCACGUCUAUGUGUCAUUGUCGCACAAGUGCCAAAGAACAUUUUUUUUUUUUUAGGUGUUAAAGAGGAAAAAAAAUAUACUGAGACCAAGUAUAUAAUGGGUCUGGGUGAAACCCAUGGGAGAGAAGAAAUUUAGCAUUCAUUUUUUGCUCAGGGCAUAGCUGAUGGCCAGCAGAGCCGUCCAGCUCAACAUCUCCAGUGAGGAUACGGCCCAGGAGACCAGUUUGCCCCAAUCCGUGUCCAGUGGACAAAUAUCCAUGGGGCCAAAGCAGCUUACCCGGCUUGUCUCCGAAGGCUGCUGCGGUUUGCAUGCUCUGCCCUGGAGGGUGCCCGGCUCUUGGGCUGCCACUCAACACGUGUCCUCUGAACGACAUGAAAGGAAUAACCCAAACAAACGUACCUCUGACCUUAACCCUCCCUCGCGUGCCUUCAUUUUGCAAUCUGCUUGACAGGUACGAGCCAGGCGUACAGGAGAAGGGGUUGUGAGAUGAAGUCGAGGCUUCCCUUCAGGGGAAGCCUUCUGGCUGGAUGACUACUGUGGACCCAGGGGCAGGAGGUUGCAUCAAGACUGCCUUCCCCGCGCUCCAGCUGAGCCGGGAACGCUGCAGACCAGACCGCUCAAACCAGCUGAGCCCACUUUGCUCAAGGGCUCCCUCCUUUCCGAGUCGUUUUAUUCCAGCCCUGAGCCACGGCAGACCACCUCCGACGUGAGAGCGAAGCUGCAAUCACCCGUGGUCAGGCUUAGCUGGGCUGACCUCGCGGUGGAGGGGCAGCCAAGGAAUCCCCCGGGAGCUGUUUUGCCAUAUGCUGUGAAUGUAUAGGAAGAACAGGUCGUGUUCUGUGCUAUGGAUCUAUACUCCCAAAUGCUUUCUGCUUGAUCAGAUGUGUUCUCCACGUGCCCUCGAAAGGGUGCGGGAGACUUUCCAAAGAGCCUGCAACGGGCAGGUUUUGUUUCUACAUGAAGCGUAAAGCAAAUUUCUCCAUUGGGGAUCCAUAGUACUGGAUGUGGAUCCCUGCGGUUCCCCGUGUCAGAGGGAAAUGCUCGGCUGUACACGCCUCUGAGCCUGAAUGUCUUAAGUUAUUUAUAAAUAUUUUUAAAUUUAAGUACCAAAUUCUAUAUUUUAUGUACUUGAGGCCUGAUUCUGCAUGCUUAUUUUGAGUGGUACUCCCACCAAACCCCACAGUAUUUCUGGAAGGGAAGGAUUUACCAGCCUACAGUUUCCGGUUUUGUAGGAUCUAUUUUAAAUGUGACAUUUCAUAUUAAAGCAAUUCAUUGCUUUUCCUCCCACCCCUUGCUCGCAGCCUGAAGGGAUCUCUUUGAUUUCUCUCGUGCUUACCAGAAAACUUCACUUGAGACUUGGGAGCAGAUUUCCCAAGGGACCUCGCUGUGCAGGAAAGCUGUAGGUUCAGAUUCAUCGUCCUUAAAAAAAAUAAUUAUCCCCUGCUUCUCCUUUUGUUUUAGCUGACUUUCUUCUUGGAAGAUAUGUUGGAGCCAUGUUAAGUUUCUGAAUAGCUGGGUUUAUAGUGAAAAUACUGACAGCCUUUUAAUUGCAGAGUCACUAACGGGUGCCACCAACCUAAGCUGAGGUACUUUUUGGGGAUAUUAAGAGAUAAAGAUGCAACUGCCUGAUGUCUUUGCAAGAGAAUAUAGGAUCAGUGUGGCCUGAUUGGGGGCCAGAGAGAUAAGAAAGUUUUUUUUUCUCCUUCUGUGCUUUUUUUCUCUAAAAGCCUGGUUGCUACCAUAGGUACAACCCUGUAUCUGGGGUGGUGCAGUGCUGCAGAGCCAGGACACAUGAGCACUGCCGGGAAGCUUCUCAAAAUCGGGUGGUAAAAUGGGGAGGGCACACAGAGCAAAUGCAAACCAGGCUUGCCAAAGAGGCCUAAGGCUGUGCAGACAUCUCUGCCAGCCUUGUCCCUUGUCCAGUCUGAGCAGAUUGUUUGCAUGGCCUUUUCUAUAGCGACAUAAGAAAAAAAAAGGUGGGUUUUGUUAUGGGUUUUUUGACAUCUUCCCUGAGUGUUCGGUGUUGUGGGUCAGGAGCACAAGGAGUGAAUUCUGGUUCUCUGUGCUGGAUGCACCAUUUCACGUGGAAAUGUUGAUGAGUUUGAAUCACUUGCAUUUGAACCAGGCGGCUUGGCCACCCCUUGGCUCUGCAAGCUGGGAAAUUUGGAACUAAGAAUUUCAAAGGAAAGUCAAUGUUGCUGGCUGUGCCUUCUUUGUAAAUCCAGUUAACACUUUGGUGGGCUGUCCAGAUUAUCUGUCUCUGUAAACUGGUUAAUAAGUUAAAUAUUUGAAAUACA